CCUGUGAUUGGUUAAGCGAGGGUCACAGAAAAUAUGGCUGCGCCCAUGAGAAAUGCUUUUUGGAGGUCAAUUUAUGGAAAUAUCCUGAAAAUCCAUAAUCCAAAGCAUUAUGUCCCCGCUGCAGCAUUCUGCGAGGAAGCCAUGACAAACAGAAUUCGACCAAAAUUUGAUGUGCUUUCUCUGGCGACAGAUGCCGAACAUGAAACAGAAGUAUCCAGUGUGGAAGACGUGCACGAGAAGAAGCAAAGUUUUGCAACUAUGUUUAGAAAAUCUAGACUUGUUCAGAUGGGAGAUUUAAAAGACAAAACAAUGGCAGGGAGAAUAAUUGAUGUUGUACAGGACGAUCUUUAUAUUGAUUUUGGUGGGAAAUUCUACUGUGUGUGCCCCAGACCUUCAUUUCAGGCAGACCAAUAUGUGAAAGGACAGAGAGUAAAAGUUUUAAUGCACAAGUUUGAGAUGUCCUCUAGCUUCAUGGGUAGUGAAAAACACGUGACUUUACUUGAGGCUGACUGUACAUUAAUGGGGAGUUUUGACCCAUCCCAACGUGAACAAUCAAAUUUAUCUGCAUCUACUGGAUUUGCAUCUCGUAUGUUGGCCGUGGAGGAUAGUGCUAAAGAUAAUGAAGAGGCUGUACAGGAGUCUGAAGGAAAAAUUGAAACCAUUGUAACUAAAGGAAGUGUUGAAACAGAGGAAGUGAAAUAAAGAUUUGUGAUAUUUUCAA